GAUCAACACUGUUCAUACUUUCUUCCCUUUUUUAAUUUGUAUUUUUGUUUUUGUUUAUUUUUGAACUUUUUGUAUGUCGCGAACUUCUCGAUUCGCGGCGACAUUUUUUGUCGCUGUUUUGCUGGUCGUUGCUGCCGCUGAUGCCGCCCCGCGCAUUCACCAGGCGCAGCCCAAUGCUGCCAACACGGACGGCACCAGCACCACUCUCUUGAAUCUGAGUGGCGACUUUGGCGUGUCGGCUCCGGCUGCAGGCCAGUUCAAGUGCCUGUUUGGCUCCACCCAACAGCAGUCGGUGGCGGCGACCUGGAUUUCUUCGACCACUGCCACCUGCGUCCUGCCGACGCGUGCGACCCUCGUCUCGAACGGCGUCGAUGUGAUCGUCCGCAACUACCUCAACGUGCUGCUCCCAGCGCCGUUCGUCAAAAUGAGCUUGACUUUGGACAAUGGCGCGACUUUGAUCGCCAACUGGCUUCCCAUCUUCUUCCCUGUCGCUCCGGCACUCUCGACGCUUUCGCCCGACCGGUAA